UGACUGUGUUCUUAAGCACUUUGACUCCAAAAUUCUACUUUGCCCUUACGGUGACUUCGUCCUUUAUAUCUGGGCUGAUAUUUGUGUUUGAGUGGUGGCACUUCCGAAAAUAUGGCACAUCCUUCAUCGAGCAGGUGUCUGUGAGCCAUCUGAGGCCCCUCAUUGGGGGUGCAGAGAACAGCCCCCCAGCCCCAGCAGCUUUCUCAGCAGGGGAGAAUGAGAGCAGCAGGCAGAACAUGCCAGAGUGCAAAGUGUGGCGAAAUCCUCUCAAUCUUUUCCGAGGGGCAGAGUAUAGCAGGUACAUGUGGGUGACUGGGAAGGAGCCUCUUACUUACUACGACAUGAAUUUGUCUGCUCAAGAUCAUCAGAACUUUUUCACCUGUGACACAGAUUCCCUUCGACCUUCAGAUACAGUUAUGCAGAAAGCAUGGAGAGAGAGGAACCCUCAAGCUCGGAUUAAAGCAGCAUAUCAAGCUCUGGAGUUGAACAAUGAUUGUGCCACUGCAUAUGUCCUGCUGGCCGAGGAAGAAGCAACAACUAUUGUGGAUGCUGAGAAGUAUUUCAAGCAGGCCCUGAAGGCAGGAGAAAUGAUUUACAGAAAGUCUCAGAACUGCCAUUCCCAGAGCCCCCAGCACGAAGCACAGCUGAGAAGAGACACCAAUGUGCUGGUCUAUGUGAAGAGGAGACUAGCUAUGUGUGCCAGGAAACUUGGAAGAAUAAGAGAAGCAGUAAAAAUGAUGAGAGAUUUGAUGAAAGAGUUUCCACUUCUCAGCAUGCUGAAUAUCCAUGAAAACCUCCUGGAGGCAUUGCUGGAGUUACAGGCUUAUGCAGAUGUCCAGGCAGUUUUAGCUAAAUAUGAUGAUAUCAGUCUUCCAAAAUCAGCAGCAAUAUGUUACACAGCAGCCCUGCUAAAAGCCAGAGCUGUUUCAGAAAGGUUCUCCCCAGAAACUGCUUCCAAAAGAGGCCUUAGUACAGCAGAAAUUAAUGCUGUGGAAGCAAUUCACAGAGCUGUGGAAUUUAACCCUCAUGUUCCAAAGUAUUUACUAGAGAUGAAGAGCUUAGUGCUGCCCCCAGAGCACAUUCUGAAGCGAGGGGACAGCGAGGCAGUAGCCUAUGCCUUUUUUCACCUCCAGCACUGGAAGAGGAUAGAAGGGGCUCUAAAUCUGCUGCACUGCACAUGGGAAGGCACAUUUAGGAUGAUCCCAUACCCAUUAGAGAAAGGUCAUCUGUUCUAUCCCUACCCAAGCUGCACAGAGACAGCAGACAGAGAACUCUUGCCAACAUUUCACGAAGUCUCUGUUUACCCCCAGAAGGAGCUUCCUUUUUUCAUCCACUUCACAGCAGGGCUGUGCUCCUUUUCAGCCAUGCUGGCCCUCCUCACCCACCAGUUCCCUGAGCUGAUGGUUGUUUUUGCUAAAGCUGUGCUGCGGGUGCUGUGGCCAGUGAGUGCUCCCAGUGUUCUGCCUUCCAGCUGA